GGCAUUGCCUUCUUCUCGGCCUCUCAUCUACCUCACGACGCACUUCCCUCAAUAUGGUACUUUCCUUUGUUGGAAAAGCAAAUCAACGCAUAUAAAACCAACAUCUCUCUUAACUUCUUCCUCCUCCUCUCUCUUUUUCUCUGUCUUUGUUGACAUUUCCUUUCUCUUCAGAACAAUAAUUUCCGAUUAGGGCAAAACUAGAUCUCUGCAACUUCCGUGGAAGCUUGAAUGCAUGCAUUUUCUCAGUUUGCGGGAUGAGAACUAAUUUGCGUUUGCCAAUUUGAUUCACUAAUUGAUGCUUUGCUCUUUUAAUUUCUGGUUCUAAAUCUCCCAUGGAAUCGAUCUUGAGUCACAUUGGCUCACCAAACCCCUGGCAUUUCCUUGUUGCUGUCUACUUCGCUGUUGGUUUCGUCGCUGCUAGGUUCUUGUUAGACAAAUUCAUCUUUCGAAGGCUGGCCAUUUGGUUGUUGCGUAAGAAAGCUGUUAGACUGAAGAUUGAUGAGGCUAUGCGGGCAACAAUUGUAAAAUGCGCAGAAUCUAUGUGGAAGCUGACAUACUAUGCUGCUGUAGAAGCAUGUGUUUUAAAAAUGACCUACAAUGAACCAUGGUUCAGAAAUACAAGAGAGUACUUCAGAGGUUGGCCAGAUCAAGAAUUAAAACUUCCCCUAAAACUUUUCUACAUGUGCCAAUGUGGGUUCUACAUCUACAGUAUUGCUGCACUGCUUAUGUGGGAAACUAGAAGGAAGGACUUUGCUGUAAUGAUGUCUCAUCAUGUAGUUACAGUUAUACUGAUUGGAUACUCUUACAUUACAAGAUUUUUCCGGAUAGGCUCAGUUAUCCUUGCUCUGCAUGAUGCAAGUGACGUAUUCAUGGAGGCUGCAAAAGUUUUUAAGUAUUCUGGGAAUGAGCUCGGUGCAAGCAUUUUCUUUGGAUUAUUUGCUAUUUCAUGGCUCAUGCUGCGACUAGUAUUCUUUCCAUUUUGGGUGAUCAAGACUUCAAGCUAUGAUGUUGUGGACUACUUGGAUUUAACAAAGGCCUUCCCCGUUUCACUGUAUUAUGUUUUCAAUACAAUGCUGCUGAUGCUACUUGUAUUCCACAUCUACUGGUGGGUUCUCAUAUGCUCAAUGAUAAUGAAGCAACUAAAAAAUAGAGGAAGAGUGGGGGAAGAUAUAAGAUCUGAUUCAGAUGAUGAUGAUUAGAUGAAAGAUUUUGUUUGAGAUUUUGGUUCGCUAUCGCUGUUGCUCAGGAGAUUCAGCCUUUCAUUUCUACCGUUGAUAAUUUUUUCUGGUGUAGAGGAAAAGUAGGGACGACAUGCGAUGCUUCUUUUUCUUUUUUUUUUUUUUUUUUUUUUCUUUUGGUGUAUAAAUAAUAGGCAAUCUGUAUAAUUGUUCCCUUCUUUAGUAGACCCGUGUUUUGAGAUUAUUCCAUUUAUUUUUAGAAUGGAAAAAGAAAAUAGCUCUUUUGCAGUUUUUUUUUUUUUUUAAAAAAUUUUUACAUUUGUUAAGAAUCUAUACUGUUAUAGAAUAUUCAAGUGGUUCAAUUUUUAGUUC